GAAUGUAGUUUGAGACCAAUGUGCUCCUCUUAAACUCAAAUCAUUAAAUAGAAACAAUCGUGUUGGCCGAGUCUUUACAAAACUAUAUGAUCCACUCCCACUGAGUCCUCGGCUAGGGGAUACCAAGUUUUUAAAAAAAAAGACCUGAACGCUAGUAUAUAUUAAAGAAAGUUCUCACCAGAGAAACGAAACGCUUCCCGUGUUGGCCACUCCACUGGCAAUAUUCGUUACUUACCAACAAUAAUAAUUCUGCUCAUUUUCUUUCCAUCUUUUCUUAAUCCAUUACACCUUCCAUCUGUAUAAUUUCAUUUUAUCAAUUUCCAAUCUAAAUUGAAAUCAAAACCUAAACCCACACCCAUUAAAUUAAAACCCGAUUUUCUUACCUCGCAUCAACCUAUAACCUAAAAUUCUGUCUCCUCUCUUGUUGUUUGUUUGGUUUUGCGUUUGUCAAACAUCAUGGCUGAGAAACAAGUCAUUAUCGUCGUCGAAAGUACAGCCGCUAUGGGCCCUUACUGGGACACCCUUCAAAUGGAUUAUCUAGAUAAAAUUGUCAGGAGCAUUAGCAUUAGUGGGAAUGAGUCAACUGGGCAGAAGCCUUCUGUAUCCAACGUUGAGUUUGCCUUAGUCACCUAUAAUACUCAUGGGUGUUAUUCAGGUAUCCUUGUGCAACGCACUGGUUGGACAAGAGACCCUGAUGUUUUCUUACAGUGGCUAUCAUCUAUACCCUUUUCUGGCGGUGGUUUUAAUGAUGCAGCAAUUGCUGAAGGGCUUGCUGAAGCUCUGAUGAUGUUCCCCCCUUCUCAAAGUGGAGGCCCAAAUCAGCAGAAUGUGGAUAUGCACAUGCAUUGUAUCCUUGUGGCAGCCAGUAAUCCUUACCCGUUGCAGACACCAGUAUAUGUUCCGCAACUGCAGAGCAUAGAGAAAACUGAAUCUAUUGACUCAGACCCAGGGAACCAGUUAUAUGACGCUGAAGCUGUUGCUAAAGCGUUUCCACAGUUUGCUAUUUCUCUAUCGAUCAUUUGCCCAAAACAACUUCCCAAAGUUAAAGCCAUUUACAAUGCGGGAAAACGAAAUAAUAGAGCUGCUGAUCCCCCAGUUGAUGCUAAAACCACUCAUUUCCUUAUUUUAAUAUCAGAAGGUUUUAGGGAAGCCCGCAGUGCCUUGAGUCGUUCUGGAGCAAGCUUGCCUUCAAAUCAAAGUCCUGUAAAAGUAGAUUCUGCAUCUGCAAUACCAGUUACGGGGGCACCACCCACCACAUUACCAUCAGUGAAUGGAUCUAUCACAAACCGACAACCAAUACCUGCUGGGACUGUAACUCCUGCUACGGUUAAAGUGGAGCCAGUUCCCGUAACUUCCAUGGUAACUGGGUCAGGUUUUCAUCAUAAUUCGUCAGUUGCACGUCCUACUAGUACUGGUCAAGGAGUUCCAAGCUUGCAGACAUCUUCUCCGUCUUCUGUUUCUCAAGAUAUUAUGACGAGUAAUGAAAAUGCACAGGAUACAAAGCCAAUAGUGUCAAUGUUGCAGCCACGUCCUGGGAAUCAAGCUCCAGCAAAUGUGAACAUUUUGAAUAAUCUCUCUCAAGCACGACAGGUAAUGAACUCUGCUGCUUUAAGUGGCGGAACAUCUAUGGGACUUCCAUCAAUGGGUCAGACUCCUGUUGCCAUUCACAUGUCAAACAUGAUAUCCAGUGGGACGGCAUCUUCUGGACCUGCAGGUCAAAAUGUUUUUUCUUCUGGACCGCCAGUAAUAACUAGUUCUGGAUCUCUUACUGCUUCUGCACAGGUCGGACAAAAUCCAGGUCUUGCUUCAUUACCAUCAGCCACUUCUAACUUGGCUUCAAGUCCGAACAAUGGGAUUUCACAACCAUCAACUAAUCUUCAAGGAGCAGUUAGUAUGGGACAACAGGUUCCCGGUAUGAACCCAGGAAACCUUUCAGGGGCCCAAAUGGUGCAGGCCGGAGUUAACAUGAACCAAAAUGUAAUGAAUGGCCUCGGUCAAUCAGGUGUCUCCUCUGGAACUGCCGCAAUGAUCCCUACUCCAGGAAUGACUCAACAAGUACAAUCAGGCAUGCAGCCGCUUGCAAAUAAUGCAGCUACUGCUAAUAUGCCUUUGUCACAACAGACAGCUUCUGCACAAUCCAAAUAUAUAAGGGUCUGGGAGGGAAGCUUAUCGGGACAAAGGCAAGGACAACCAGUAUUUAUCACGAAACUCGAAGGUUACAGGAGUUCUUCUGCCUCUGAGACACUUGCAGCAAACUGGCCUCCUGUAAUGCAAAUUGUUCGGCUUAUCUCUCAGGAUCACAUGAAUAACAAGCAAUAUGUUGGAAAGGCAGAUUUCCUAGUUUUUCGUGCAAUGAACCCUCAUGGAUUUCUGGGUCAGCUCCAAGAAAAGAAGCUGUGUGCAGUUAUUCAAUUGCCAUCACAGACGUUGCUACUAUCUGUUUCUGACAAAGCCUGCCGCUUGAUCGGGAUGCUUUUUCCUGGGGAUAUGGUUGUUUUCAAGCCACAGUUAUCCAGUCAGCAGCAGCAACAAAUGCAACAGCAACAAAUGCAGCAACAACACCAGCAGAUGCAAUCGCAACAGCAGCAUCUUCCACAAAUGCAACAGCAGCAGCAGCAGCAGCUUCCUCAUAUGCAGCAGCAGUUACAACAGCAACAACAGCAGCAGCAGCUUUCGCAGCUUCAACAGCAGAUUCCACAAAUCCAGCAGCAGCAACAGCAGCAACUCCCUCAACUUCAACAGCAACAACAGCUUUCACAACUGCAGCAGCAGCAACAACAGCUUCCGCAAUUACAGCAACUACAGCACCAACAGCUUCCUCAGCAGCAGCAACAGAUGGUUGGGAACGGAAUGGGUCAAACUUAUGUUCAAGGUCCUGGACGCUCACAAAUGGUUUCUCAGGGACAAGUUUCAUCACAAGGAGGAGCUACAAACAUUGGUGGAGGGAAUUUCAUGAGUUAGCUCAUUUUCCGAUACAGUUUCCCCAAGAUAAAAUUGACACCACACAAGUCAUGUUUUGGGGAUUCUAUUUGUUUUAUUAAACUUAAGGUUACUAGCAUGCAAUCACAAGUACUUGGCUCAUAAUUUAUGGGAGACAGUGGUAGGGGGGGGUAUAUGGUCGUUCUGUUCCAUUUCUUAAAUCGUCGAACCAUUAAAAACUGAUAGGUUGUAUAUAUUGAGAGCAUGCUAUAAAGUCAUUGGGUUUAUGAUGGAUACAGAGUCUAGUUGCACAAUCCAAGUUGCAAUUUUUGAUGCCAUUCCCUUGAGGUUGGACAAUGUAAUGUAUAUUGGUGUUAUCUGAUGUAUCGCUGGACAUAAAACUCCAAACAAAGAGGCAAUGCUAUGAUUAGCAGGAAUGAAUAGAAUAAUAAUUUGGAGUUAGGCA